UUGCUGAGGGCAACAGGGACGGCAAGCCUGCUAGCUUAAUGCUAAAUCUGUGUAGCUGUGAUUAUGUUUAGUUACAAGCUAAUGACAUAUUGUGGUCUUCACUAAGUUGUGGGGCUUAUCUUUAAAUGUCGGCGACUUGAUUCCGAGGCCAACUGUAUAAGUAUUAGUUGAGAAUGCACGUUAAUGUUUGUGUUUGCUGCUGCCGCUCCAGUCACGCUUACUUCAAUGCUGGCAGAGCUGAAACAGAUCAUCAUGGAAUCCAGCACGACAGGGUUAAUCGGUUUAACGUUUCUAAAGUGUCUGAUAAUGGGCCACGUCGUGCAAACGAUUGAUGUGUAAAGAAUAAAACACAGGUUCAUUCAAAUGAAGGUUGUGUGAAUUCAUCAGCUGUUACAUUAAUGGUGACCCCAGACCCGACCCCUGGGUUUGCUGAUUGAAUCGGAACUUCUUCCCCUUAGAGAAACUGGGAAGUAAACAUUAGCUGCCAUGCGUAUCAGUUUCUGCCAGGGCCUGCUAACUGGCGCCAUCCUCCUCAACCUCCUCAUUCUCUACUAUGUGUCCCGGGCCCAGCAGCAAAUGAUGGAGAAGAGGAAGGAACUUGGCAGGGGCACGAGGAGGGCCGCCCUGCCAGCUCCGGGCGGCCUUGGAGGAGGCCUAGGGGCGCUUGUGGGAGUUGAACCUGGAGUGGUCGGAGUGGAGGGGCACAGCCGAGGCCCCCGUGUGACUGUUCUCCUUCGAGAGUUUGAAAACUUUGAGAAUUAUGUUGGGGAUGUGGCCAACUCCUUCCUCCGCCACAGACCUGAGCUUCCCUUCCUGGCUGUGUCCGACACGUCUCCAUACCCUCCCUUGGUGCUUCCAGAGGGCGCUCGGCUUCUAGUGCUCUCCCCCAGCCCGGACCAGCCACCCCAAGCUCAUAGGCCAGAGUUUCACGUGCAGACAGAGUUUGUGUUGCUGGUGCCUGAUGGAGUGGAGCUGGAGCAACCUCGGGCUAUCGAGAGGCUGAUCAGGGAGUUGGAAGGUGAGGGUGGGGGGCCGGUGAGGCUGGUGGCCGCUCCAGUGCUGGCUCGAUCCGCUGUGCAAUGUCUCCACCUGCGGGUGAACCUCAGAGAGUGGACAGCCACCUACUCGCCAGGUGCUUCAGGGAGCAGUGGGAGCGUUUGUACGGCCUUACAGGGAGACGCAAUAGUCCUCAUUCGCACCGAGGAUCUUUUUAACCUCUCCGUCCCUCUAGGACGUCCCCUCUUCUCAUCACUCUUCAUCCAGACGGCCUUGAGAGGCUGGAAGGUCAAACUGUUGGAAAGCCCCUGUUUCUCUGCCAACCAUCGACCCCUCUUUAGCUCUGCUCACAACCAGUGGAAGGCUGACACCCGCCUGAAGGAGGCUACGGGGAAGCUCAUGAGGAGCUUCGGUCUGAAGCGCCUCCUGCUGCCUGAUGGGAAGGAACAGUGGUAUGGCUGCAGUAAAGAGACGCCACGCUGUUUUGGAACUGUGCAGGACGACACUCCAGACUAUCUUUACCUGGACCGCUGGACGCCUCCCUGCUGCCUGCGAGCACUCAGAGAAACCACCAAGUACGUCAUCAAUAUCUUGGAGAGCUCAGGUGUGCGCUACUGGCUAGAAGGAGGUACUCUGCUGGGCGCUAUUCGUCAUCAAGACAUCAUCCCGUGGGAUUAUGAUGUGGACCUGGGCAUCUACCUUGAGGACAUACCCAACUGUGAUCAUUUGAAGAACCUGGACUCAGGCUCUCUGGUUGAUGCUAAUGGCUACGUCUGGGAGCGUGCAGUAGAAGGAGACUUCUACAGAGUCCAGUUCAGCGAGGCCAACCACCUGCAUGUUGACCUGUGGCCGUUCUAUCCACGUAAUGGCGUAAUGACCAAAGACACGUGGACAGAGCACAAACAAGACGUGGAGUUCCCAGAACAUUUCCUACAGCCGCUGGUGCCCAUGACUUUCGCUGGUAUCACUGCCUACGGCCCCAACAACCACAGAGCCUUCUUGGAGCUCAAGUUUGGGGAAGGGGUGAUUGAGAACCCUCAGUACCCCAAUCCCACAAAAAAGAGGCUGGACAGAAGUAAAUUAUAAGCAAUACUAGAGGGUCUCUAAUCUGUUCAACACUGAAAAGCUUGCCUCAAAUUAUUUUCUUUGAAAGAUGAUUUCAGGAAACAAAUGUGGUGCCAAAAUGACUGGAUUUGCUAUUUGACUUUACACGGUCUCAGCAGUCCAAACAGCAUAAGCAAACAUUUUUUCUAUUUUGUUUCUGGACAUAAAGUCAAAUCUUGAACUGCCUUUUUUUCAUUAUUUGUGUGAGUGGUAAGAGGCGUGAAAACUUGAAAAAGUAAACUCUACACUAGUACUGACUAUAGACACACAUUUAAUAGUCAAAGACUGGUUUUAUUACAUAGUGUACUAAAUCUGUAUGUGUUGUACAGUACAGUAUAAACAUUGCUGCUGUAAAGACAAUGAAUAAUUUAAAACAUUAUUGAUACUGUCUAAAGCUACAUUUCAGAUGAUCUUAAAAUUUAAUGUAUUGUACAUAAUUAUUUGUUUUAAAUAAGUGGCUUUGCCCUGUAACAGGUAUUUUAUCAUUUCCUGUUGCCUUGUUUUGCACUGACUCAUUCAGUUUUCAGUUUUGCACAACUUAUGAAUGAAUGCUAUACAUAUAUAUAGAUGCCAUUGAAUAGCUGACGGGAAGUGAUGAGCAAAUUUCCAUCUAGUGACAUGAGAAGAACACCACCAUUCAUCUUGUUACGGUUAUUCUAUCAGGCCUUAGUAUAAAAGAACAUUAUUGAGUCUUAGCUCAAUCAUAUCUAUUACUAUGUGAGAAGUAUUGACUGAAAUUAAAUUCUGAAAUAUAUAUACGUGAAAAAAAACUCACCCGAUCCUCUGGGUACCUCAUGAUUUCUGUAGUGUUGUUGCUUGUGUGUGAGACGUAUUGAGGUGUCACUCAAUUUAACGUCCAGUCAAAUAAAAGGGAAUGUGACUGUU